GUCACAGACCUUGUCAUGUUUUUUUUUCUGUAGUGAAAAUCUGGCAAUACUGCUGAAAAAAGCUCCUCAAAGUUGGUAAAAUAGCCAAGUUUGUGAGUGACUUGUAUUGAAAUUGCGAUGUUAAAGCUUCACAAAACUGGGAAAUUUUACAGAGUGAUGCUUGUAUGCAGGGCUAGAAGUGGGAAGGGGGGAAGGAGGCAUUUGAUCUGUAAAAUGUUCCAACCGUGUUAAAACAUUUUUUGGCUUUUUUUUUUUUAAUUUUUUCAAAAGACUACUGUCAAAAUGUGUCAUUUCACUGAUUUCAAGUUGCUUUUUCUAACAGUGUCAUAACAAUUGAGCUAUUUAGGCAGAAUCUCAACUUUGAAAAGAAAAAUAAAGGAUCCAUCUUAAAUUAUAUUUAAUUCUGUUCGUUGGGUUGCUGACAUUGUUAUUGACUGUCAACCAUUUUCUUAUUUCUCAGAACUGAAGUUCUCAAGCCUUUAUGACCCCAAAUGUAAGUUUUGGACUUUUAUGUCCUGCACCCAUUAUGACCCACCUCCCCCUGAUCAGUUCAAUGAGAAGCUUGUUACAAAGUACAUCAAGGCACACACUGCACUUGGAGGGGGAUACCUGGCACUGUUUGGUACGGGAGGACUGCACACUUGGGCAUCAAGCAUUCAAGAGUUGGUACCAUGUUUUACCAACAGUCAAAUAAUUAACAAGCUAGAGCUGUUUGAUGACAGCGGUGGAAGGGGCACCUAUUGGGCAAAUUACGCCACUGGUCUUGGUGCUUCUAUACAUGAACUUGGACACUGCUUUGAUUUGGCACACACACCCAAGGGAAUUAUGGGCAGGGGAUUUGAUGACAUGAAUAGCGUAUUUACCAUGUGGAGGAAACCACCACCUUCAGGAAAGGACAUUGCAGUAAUAGCAAAGUCUGCUGCUAGUAUCACUGAAGAAAACUCAGCUGACAAACCUUUGGCCACUGUACACGUGUCAACCACAGGCACCCAAGGUGCUGAAGGCCUUGUUCCCACACCUGUUAGCAGUGCCACUAGGAGUCCCUCCUAUGGAAAUGCAAGCAUUGCCACACCCAAUGAGUGGUGCCAUGGGGCACACUGGUAUAGGUCCUCUGCUGUGCUGCUCAGAUAUCACAAAUGGUUGUCCAGUUGUACUCCAGCAGAAGAUGAAAUGGUCAUUAACAAGCCCAUGGUUCACUGGUGUAGUACAGUUUGUGGCCCUGUGGGUAAUUGUGGCGGCUGUCAUCUAAUGAACCAGCUGUUGUUCAACAGUGUCAAGUGGCUUGAGUCUCAGAGUGCUGUGCUGGGUGGUUUUAUUGUCCAUGCUGAUGAGUAUGUUAAUUGCAUACAGAUUAUAGGAAAUCAAGAACCAUCUGAAACUGAUCAUUAUUUGUCUUUUUACCCAGCAGAGUGUCAGGAAGUUCUCUCUGAGCCGCAAGGCACAGAUGGCUUGGGUAAGCGUUAUACCUUCAUCAUCAAUUCCCCGGAUGAAUACAUCACAGCUGUUGACGUCAGAGCUGGAGGAUGGGUUGACGCCAUUAGACUGCAUACGAACUACAAAUCAAGUAUAUGGAUGGGAGGGACGGGUGGAGACCAAUAUCACCUGAGGCCUCCCCCUGGGAGAAAAAUUCUGGGCAUUAUUGGAACAAGUGGAAAGCUAGUUGGAUCGCUUGGAGUUCUUCUUAGCAGGUUAAUUCACUAAAAAGUAUCAAAUAUUAUCCGCACAGCCGUCUACAGCUGUGAUGAGAAUUAUUUUUGUGGUUAGGUAGUCGUCAGAUUUCCUCUCUUGUUAGCCUGACUCACAUACACAUGUGAAUACAUUAUCAGCCGAGUAGAUCCAUAAACAGAUUGUUCCAUCAUUAUUUUGUCUCUUCCUCUUUUCUUGCUCCGUGUAGUUUUCACUAAUUAGUCGAGAAGCACUGGGCAAAUUUUGUGCACAAGUGACACUUAACUGGUAUACUAGUGAGUAUAUGAAAGAUCGUAUAUUUGAACUGCGGAGAAAGAUAUGAAGGCAUGAUUUGAUUGAUCA